AUGUUCAAUAUGUCGACCUUCUUCUACAGCCAGCAACACCAGCACCCUCACGUCGCCCACAUGCAAAAUAACCACCACGGAGGCCGCUCCCGGAGGGGACCCAAGAUGGCUGCCCAGAACACUCAGCGCCAGUUCCGCGGUGUCAAGAGCAUGAGAGAACUGGCUGAGGCGCCCGCAGUGUCUGCCUUCCGGGCUAGAUUCGAAGCUGGGCGGUCUUUUGACUUGGAUGACGACUUGGAGUUCUGCCCGGGUCUCCUGACCGAGGAUGAUUUGCAUUCCAUCCAUUCUUCCGCCUCCGACCGCUCGUCGAUGUCUAGCGGCUCUCCCGACACCUCUCCCCUCCAACACCAGAUCCAGCCUGUUCAGCAGCAGGUCACUCCUUCCAUCUCCUUGUCUCCUGCUUCCGCCAACUCCUAUGUCCACUCGGGUGUUACUGGUAACCCCGCCCAGAUGAACUUCCAGCAGCCAUCUUCCGCCAGGACCCGCAAGGUUAUCCCAAUCGUCAACCCUGCCACCGGAAUGACCUUGACUAGCCCUCCCACUUCCAUCUCUCCAUCCAUGAUGCACAACCAGCGUCGGUGGUGA